CAGUGUAAACAUCCGCGAACAUCAGCUGCGGGUAAAGUCUGAUUGAAAUGAGUAACCUUUCAGUUGCGCAAAAGGAGACCGAGCAACGGACCCCAAAACACAAACAUGGCCAAACAAGCGGUAACAACCAUAUUCUUUGUUCUUUUUCAUUGUAUUAUAAGUUACUGGGCGUUUAUGUCUUCUUGUAGCAUCCACUCAUUCCCAAAAAAUAGCAUUCCAGCGAUCGCCAAGUAUUUUGGCUCCAAAGGUCGCUACGAAGAGGUCAACACGUACUUAAUCGGCGAUCUUUUAGCCACAAACUAUUCCCUUGUGACACUACCUCCCUCGAAAUGCAACGAAAUUCAUUUGACAGCUAUAAUCCGGCACGGGACGAGGUACCCGAGCACUAAAAACAUUCAGAAGAUGCGCGAAUUUUAUGAUUUCCUCAUGCGUAAUGCAACCAGCAACUUAAAUGGUUUGUCAGAGAUAAAGUCUCAGUGGAAGAUGUGGUACACGGAUGAAAUGGACGGGCGACUGGUGGACAAGGGCCGUGCGGAUCACAGGCACCUGGCGCAGAGACUCAUCAAAUGGUUCCCUUCUUUGCUGACAGAGGACAAUGUGCGUCACGGACGCGUGAAACUGAUCACCAGCUCCAAGCACAGGUGUAUGAACAGCACCAUCGCUUUCAGAGAGGGACUUAUGGAAGGACUCGGCAGAGAGGUUGAGUUGGAACCUGCUGUUAAUGACGCUUUAAUGCGUUACUUUGACCAGUGUGAACGGUUUGUGAAAGAAGUGGAGAACAACAAGAGUGCCUUGGAGGAGGUGAAACGUUUUAAAGAAGGCCCUGAGAUGAAAAGUGUAAUGGAGAAAAUGGCUGACAGACUGAAGCUCCCUUACGCCAGCAUCACCGUUGAUUCAGUGGAAGCAGCUUUCUUUCUGUGUGCAUAUGAGUUUGCUAUCCAUAAUCUGAACACACCCUGGUGCCAGUUGUUUGACGAGGCAGAUGCACAGGUGAUGGAGUAUGCUGCUGACCUGAAACAGUACUGGAAGCGAACCUAUGGGCAUGAUAUCAACAGCAAGUCUAGCUGCAUCCUCUUCCAUGAUCUUUUCCAUCGUCUUGACCAAGUUGUAGAUCAGAUCAAUUCAGAUGGUGCUCUGUCGGAGGCUGUGACAGUGCAGGUGGGCCAUGCUGAGACCCUGUUACCCCUCCUUUCCUUGCUGGAUCUGUUCAAGGAUGAUAUCCCUCUCAGCUCAACUAACUUUGCAACCCAGAAGAAGAGAAUAUUAAGAAGUGGGAACAUUGUGCCAUACGCUGCGAACCUGCUGGUAGUGCUGUAUAAAUGCCCGGAGGGGAUUAGAAUGGGUGUGCGACUCAAUGAGAAAUCUUUGACCUUGCCUGGACUCACCGACCCUGUCCCAAUGUACGAGGAUGUGAAGAAACGCUACGGGGCUCUGCUCGAGGGUUGUGACCAAGAGACUGUGUGUAAAAUUAACAAUUAAUGAACAUAAAUGUACAACACAUCACAAAGGCCAGUUGACUGACAUUUUCAUAGAAGCAACAACUAGCAAAAAGGAAACAAAAUGUCUUUUAAAUAGGUUAUACAACAUUUUACUGUUGAUAGAACAUUAAAUGAAAGAAAAUAUUGUUAUAUAUUAAUUAUAUAUAUAUCCAAAUAUGAUCCCACAGUGUUACUUUCUAGUGUUAUGGACCUGUAAGAGACCUCAAAUUCCAAAGCUGACAAAUCAGCUGCUCUGACCAACCAUCCAAUCCAAAAAAAAAAAAACAUUUUGACAUCUCACACAUGCUGUAUUUCUAAGCGAUGAACCAUCGACUGUACUUUGUUUACAUGACUGAAUGGUAAAUUGCUAGUUUUGGUUGACGGUCCUGAAGCCUCUAGUUGCUUGCUUAUGCAGUAUUUCUGUUAAUGUUUUAGUCAGGUGUGUGUGUUUGUGUGUGGGGGCAUGUUUUUGUGACAUAUCAGGACACAACUUUGUAUAAUGACAUGGGUAUGACAAAGGUAUUACAAGGAGAGGGUGACUUAUGAGGACAUAACCCAUAUCCCCAUUUUUCAAAACGCUUAUAAAUCAUACAGAAUUAGGUUUUUUUGAGAAAGUAAAAAUGCACAAAGUUUCCUGUGAGGGUUAGGGGUAGGUGUAGGGUUGGUGAAGGGCGAUAGAAUAUACAGUUUCUACAUUAUAAAAACCAUUAUGCCUAUUUGAUGUCCCCACUUUUCACAAAAACAAACGUGUGUGUGUGAACAUUUCAAAUUCAGCAGAUUGAAUUUCAUUGAAAUUUUGUUCUUACAAAAUGAAUGAAGGUUAAAAUAAAUUGUAGUGAAUAUG